AUGGGUCUGAACUUGGAGGAAAUCUAUGGCCAAACUAUAGUUGAGGAGCAGAAGCCGAAUGAGUAUUCGGAGUACCAGCCAAAGAAGGGAUAUGGCUGGGCUAAUACUUUGCCCGAGCGGCAAGGUCUCUAUGACCCCGAAUAUGAAAAGGAUGCUUGCGGUGUAGGCUUUGCUGCUAAUAUUAAAGGCAAAGCUAGUCACAAGAUCGUCAGCGAUGCCCGGAAUCUGCUCUGUAACAUGACGCACAGAGGUGCAGUCGGUUCGGAUGCUCGAGACGGUGACGGUGCCGGUGUAAUGACCAGCAUCCCUCACAAGUUCUUCAUUAAAAACUUUGCUCGUGAAGUUGGAGUGGAUCUCCCACCGCUUGGCCAGUACGCCGUCGGUAACCUCUUCUUCAAACCUGAUGAAGAGUCUCUGAAAGACUCCAUCAAACAAUUCGAGGAAAUUGCCACAACACUAGGAUUGCGCGUACUAGGAUGGCGUGAAGUUCCUCGCGAUUCCACGAUCCUUGGCCCUGCAGCUUUGUCUCGGGAGCCUACUAUCCUGCAACCUUUCGUAGUGCUGAAAUCUGCCUACGGGGAAGGUAGCAAGCCCGAGAACACUGAUCCGGAGAAGUUUGACACAAAGACUUUUGAGCUGCAGCUUUACGUCCUCCGAAAACGCGCUACGCACAUCAUUGGCCUUGCCAAUUGGUUCUACUUGUGCUCUCUCAGCAACCGCAACAUUGUGUACAAGGGUCAGCUGGCCCCUAUUCAGGUGUACCAGUACUACCACGAUCUGGUGAACGUCGAUUACGAGGGCCACUUUGCUCUUGUCCACUCUCGUUUCUCUACCAACACGUUCCCAUCUUGGGACCGUGCGCAACCUCUGCGCUGGGCUGCUCACAACGGUGAAAUUAACACUCUACGAGGAAACAAAAACUGGAUGCGUGCGCGUGAGGGUCUGCUGAAAUCCGAGAUUUUCGGCGAAGAGCUCGAGUCUCUACUUCCCAUUGUUGAAGAUGGUGGAUCUGACUCUGCCGCCUUUGACAACGUCCUGGAGCUUCUGAUGAUCAACGGUGUUCUCUCUCUACCUGAAGCCGUCAUGAUCAUGAUUCCGGAGGCAUGGCAGGACAACCCAGCCAUGGACCCAGCCAAGGCAUCUUUCUACGAAUGGGCUGCUUGCCAGAUGGAACCUUGGGAUGGCCCAGCUCUCUUCACCUUCUCGGAUGGGCGUUACUGUGGUGCCAAUCUGGACCGCAACGGCCUGCGCCCUUGCCGAUUCUACGUGACUGACGACGACCGCAUUAUCUGCGCGUCCGAAGUUGGUGCCGUUGAUAUUGACCAGGAGCGUGUUAUCCAGAAGGGUCGUUUGCAGCCCGGUAAAAUGCUUUUGGUUGACACAGUUGUUGGUCGUAUCAUUGAUGACUCCGAACUCAAGUACACCGUCUCCCACCGCCAGGACUUCAGCGGAUGGCUGAACAAGGAACUCGUUAAGCUGCCUGCCGUCACUGAGAAGCUGGUUGAGCACAACGUGGACAUCCGCCACGACCUAGAUAGCCACACUAUUCAAAAUGACCCUCGCCUCAAGGCUUUCGGAUACUCUUUUGAGCAGGUCACUCUUCUCCUCGGCCCUAUGGGUGCUGAUUCCAAAGAAGCUCUCGGCUCCAUGGGCAACGAUGCUCCGCUCGCCUGUAUUGCGAAACAACCGCGCCUUCUGUACGAGUACUUCCGUCAACUCUUCGCUCAGGUCACCAAUCCCCCAAUUGACCCUAUCCGUGAAGCCGUUGUCAUGUCUCUAGAGUGCUACGUUGGUCCUCAGGGUAACCUGCUGGCAAUGGAUCCAUCGCAGUGCCGCCGCAUGCUGCUUCCUUCUCCUAUUUUGACCAUCCCCGAGUUCAAUUCUCUAAAGAACAUCAACAGUGUCCACAAGGACUGGACUGUAAAACUCAUUGACAUCACCUUUGAGAAGAAGAAGGGUGUCCCCGGAUACAUCGAGGCUCUUGACCGUAUUUGCGAUGCCGCCACCGAGGCCAUCCAAAACGAAGACAAAGUUCUCAUCCUUUCUGACCGUGCUACAUCUGCUGACAGAGUGCCCGUGUCCGCUCUUCUGGCCACCGGUCUCGUCCACCAUCACCUCGUCCGCAACAAGUGGAGAUCUCUUGCAGCGUUGAUCGUCGAAACUGCGGAAGCUCGUGAGGUUCACCACAUGUGUGUUCUCGUCGGUUAUGGUGCUGACGGCAUCAACCCCUACCUGGCUAUGGAGUGCAUCCUCAAGAUGAACCGAGAGAACCUGAUCCGUAAAGAACUUUCCGAUGAAAAGGCCAUCGAAAACUACAAAGCUUCUUGUGAUGGCGGUAUUCUAAAGGUCAUGAGCAAGAUGGGUAUUUCCACUCUGGCGUCCUACAAGGGUGCUCAGAUUUUCGAAGCGCUCGGUAUCGAUGACAGCGUUAUCGACCGCUGCUUUGCUGGGACUGCAAGCCGUAUUCGCGGUAUGACCUUUGAGCUAAUCGCUCAAGAUGCAUUCGCUAUCCACGAGCGCGGUUACCCAUCUCGAUCUAUCAUUGAUAUCCCCGGUCUUACCGAGUCGGGUGAAUAUCACUGGCGUGACGGUGGCGAAGACCACAUCAACGAUCCCGUCAGCAUUGCCAAUGUCCAGGACGCAGUGCGCACGAAGAAUGACAAGUCGUACGAAGCGUACGCCAAGGCUGCACACGAGCAGAUUAAGAACUGUACCCUCCGUGGUAUGCUUGAGUUUGACUUCGAGCAGCGGACCCCCAUUCCUAUUGACCAGGUCGAGCCCUGGACUGAGAUUGUUCGCCGCUUUGUGACCGGUGCCAUGUCUUACGGGUCCAUCUCGAUGGAAUCCCACUCCACUCUAGCCGUGGCGAUGAACCGCCUUGGUGGAAAGUCUAACACUGGUGAGGGUGGUGAAGACUCAGAGCGUAGCAAGCGGAUGGAGAAUGGAGAUACUAUGCGUUCAUCGAUUAAGCAGAUUGCGUCUGGUCGUUUUGGUGUGACGUCUCACUACCUUGCCGAUGCCGAUGAACUUCAGAUCAAGAUGGCCCAGGGUGCUAAGCCUGGAGAGGGUGGUGAACUUCCCGGGCACAAGGUCGUUGGACCUAUUGCUCACACCCGUUACUCCACCCCUGGUGUCGGUCUCAUAUCGCCCCCUCCUCACCACGACAUUUACUCCAUUGAAGAUCUCAAGCAGCUCAUUUACGACCUCAAGUGCUCUAACCCCAGGUCUCGUGUUUCCGUCAAGCUUGUAUCCGAGGUCGGUGUCGGUAUUGUGGCCUCUGGUGUCGCCAAAGCCAAGGCUGACCACAUCCUGAUCUCUGGUCACGAUGGUGGUACUGGUGCUUCUCGAUGGACUGGCAUCAAAUAUGCUGGUCUUCCCUGGGAGUUGGGUCUUGCAGAGACUCACCAAACGCUUGUUCUCAACGACCUCCGUGGCCGUGUUAUCGUCCAGACCGAUGGUCAGAUCCGCACCGGUCGUGAUGUUGCCGUUGCUUGCCUCCUCGGUGCUGAAGAAUUUGGCUUCGCUACUACUCCGUUGAUCGCCAUGGGAUGCAUCUACAUGAGGAAAUGUCACCUCAACACGUGUCCCGUAGGUAUCGCGACUCAGGACCCCGAGCUUCGCAAAAAGUUCCAGGGUCAGCCUGAGCACGUAAUCAACUUCUUCUACUACAUUGCCAACGAGUUACGUGCCAUUAUGGCCAAGUUGGGUAUCCGUACUAUCAACGAAAUGGUUGGCCGUGCGGAACUGCUCAAGGUUAGGGAUGACCUUAGCAACCCCAAGCAGGAAAACAUCGAUCUUUCACUCAUUCUCACUCCCGCCCACUCUCUCCGCCCCGGUGUCGCAACAUAUAACGUACGGAAACAGGACCACCGCCUCCAUACUCGCCUUGACAACAAACUCAUCGCCGAAUCCGAACUUGCCUUGGAGAAGGGCUUACCCUGCCGGGUUGAGUGCGAUAUCGUCAACACUGAUCGCGCUCUAGGCGCCACUCUUUCUUACCAGGUCAGCCGUCGUUAUGGUGGCGAAGGUCUUCCCCAAGAUACGAUUCACUCCAAUAUCAAGGGUUCAGCUGGUCAGUCCUUCGGUGCUUACCUCGCUCCCGGUAUCACACUGGAACUUGAGGGUGACGCCAACGAUUACGUCGGUAAGGGUCUGUCGGGUGGCCGUCUCAUUGUCUACCCACCUCGCGGUGCUGCCUACAAAGCGGAGGAGAACGUCAUCGUCGGUAACACCUGUCUAUACGGUGCCACCCGGGGUACUUGUUUCUUCCGUGGUGUCGCCGCUGAGCGUUUUGCUGUUCGUAACUCCGGUGCUACUGCGGUUGUUGAAGGUGUUGGUGACCAUGGAUGUGAAUACAUGACUGGUGGCCGUGUGGUUGUUCUUGGCUCAACUGGUCGUAACUUUGCUGCCGGUAUGUCCGGUGGCAUUGCCUACAUUCUUGACAUGAACCAGGACUUCCUUUCCAAGGUCAACAUGGAGAUGGUGGAGUGCUCUGGUCUUGAAGACCCAGCUGAGAUUGCCUUCCUUCGCGGCCUGAUUGAGGAUCACCACCACUACACCGGCUCCGAGUUGGCUGCUCGUGUUCUCCUAGACUUCACCCGCGCUCUCCCUCACUUCGUCAAGGUAUUGCCCAUUGAUUACAAGCGUACCCUUGAGGAAGAAGCCGCCAAGGCUGCCGCUGCGAAGAAGCCUGAAAUCACGCUUCCUCAAUUGCCUAGCACUCCUGCUGAGAAGGAGAAGCCCACGGCCAUGCCUGAUGCCAAGAAAUCUGAGCUUUUGGAUAUUGAAGACAGUGUUACAGACUCCAAGGUCGAGAAGAAGAGAACCGCGCUUAUUCUUGACAAGACCCGGGGUUUCAUGAAGUACAACCGCCGCAGCGAGAAGUACCGUAACCCAGCCACCCGUACUCGUGACUGGGCGGAACUCUCCAAUCGCCUCACUGAGGAUGAGCUUAAAUACCAGUCUGCUCGUUGCAUGGAUUGCGGUGUUCCUUUCUGCCAGUCCGACACGGGUUGCCCGAUCUCCAACAUCAUUCCCAAGUGGAAUGAACUUGUCUUCCAGAACCAGUGGCAGGAUGCCCUUAACCGUCUUCUCAUGACAAACAACUUCCCCGAGUUUACCGGCCGUGUCUGUCCUGCUCCUUGCGAGGGCGCUUGCGUCUUGGGCAUCAAUGAAGACCCUGUUGGUAUCAAGUCCAUUGAGUGUGCCAUCAUUGACCGUGGUUUCGAGAUGGGCUGGAUGGUUCCUCGUCCCCCUGUUGUUCGCAGUGGCAAAACCGUUGCCAUCAUUGGCUCCGGGCCGGCUGGUCUUGCCGCUGCUGACCAGCUCAACCGCGCUGGACACAGUGUGACGGUCUAUGAACGUGCCGACCGUAUCGGUGGUCUACUCAUGUAUGGGAUUCCCAACAUGAAGCUUGACAAGAAGGUUGUUCAGCGCCGUGUUGAUCUGAUGGCCGCCGAGGGCGUCAAGUUUGUCACCAGCACCGCUGUUGGCCCCGGCGGGGAGCACUCCUUGGAGUCCCUUCGCCAGAGCAACGAUGCUGUUAUCCUUGCUACCGGUGCAACUGUUGCCCGUGAUCUCAAAGCCCCCGGCCGUGAGCUUGAUGGAGUUCACUUCGCCAUGCAGUUCCUUCACAAAAACACCAAGUCUCUCCUUGACUCUGAAUUAGCCGAUGGCUCUUAUAUCUCCGCCAAGGACAAGCACGUCGUCGUCAUUGGAGGUGGUGAUACCGGUAACGACUGCAUCGGUACCUCUGUCCGCCACGGCGCCAAGUCUGUCGUCAACUUCGAGCUUCUACCUCAGCCUCCCCCAGAGCGUGCCCGUGACAACCCCUGGCCCCAGUGGCCCCGUAUCUACCGUGUCGACUAUGGACACUCUGAAGUCAAGACCCACAUGGGCAAUGACCCCCGCGAGUUCUGCAUCAUGUCCAAGGAGUUCGUUGACGAUGGUAGUGGCCGCGUGAAGGGAAUAAACACUGUCCGGGUUGAAUGGACCAAGAGCGCCACUGGUGGAUGGGACAUGAAGACCGUCGAAGGGAGUGAACAGUUCUUCCCUGCCGAGCUUGUUCUCCUCUCCAUGGGUUUCCUUGGUCCCGAGGACCGUCUCCUUGGUGAAGAAAUUGAACGUGACGCCCGCAAGAACGUUAAGACCAACCCUGGCCACUACGGCACCAACGUACCAGGAGUAUACGCUGCUGGUGACUGCCGCCGCGGUCAGUCUCUGAUCGUCUGGGGUAUCAACGAGGGUCGCCAGUGCGCUCGUGAGGUCGAUACUUUCCUCUCCGGCAUCAGCUCUCAGCUCCCCGUGACUGGCGGUAUCGUUCGCCGACCUGCCAUUGACGCAGUUCGCCAAGCCACUGAGCAUGCUGUGGCUAUUGCGGCAUAA